UUUCGGUUUUGCAGCUGCUGGGAGUAACAGGAGGGGGAGUCAGCCUUUCUGAAAGUAAAGUUAAAUGAAUAAAGCAACCAGGGCUGGAUUCCCAAGGCCCCUGGUCCAGGACCCACUGUCUGGAGCAAGCACGGGACCCUCAGCAAUGAGCACAGCCCCACGGGAGCAGCCCUGUUGGGAAACAGCCCUGGAGAGAGACACAGAGCCCCUCUGGCACUAGAGAGGCAGACAACUCAGGUGUGGCAGGAGAGCAAAGCAGGUGGUUACCCCAGGGUCAGGGUGGCUGGUGGAGACCUGACAAGGAGGCUACCCUGUUACACAGCAGGUGUGAGCAGUGAGCUACCCCAAGACCAACUAGUGCCCAAGAGACCAGUUCUUCCUGUGGUGCCUGCAGAGUCACUGCCAUCCCUGGGGUGGAGCAGAUCCUCUUCCCUGGGGAGCAGACACUGGUCUUGCUGCCGCCUCCUCUACAGCAAUCACAGGAUGUUCCUGAAGCAGGAGAUGAAUUGGUUGAAGCGGGCUAUCAGGCCCCUUGCUGCGUAGUCAAGUGCCCAUACAGAACUGCCUCUCUGGUCAGGGUUAUGAAACCUGUUAUCACCAGGAAUGGCCACAUCGCCAUGGAGAGAGGGGUUUCCUCAUUCCCCCUUGGCCCCAUAGUGAGCCUCUCUCUGCCCAGUUGCAUCACUCUCCUGGUUUCACUCCAGAUUCACCAGCUGAUGGCAGCCCAGUUCAGAGUGACUGGACCAGCCCAGCCCAUCAUCGUCUCUGUGGGAGAAGCUGCUGUCCUCCCCUGCUGCCUCUCCCCCCGUAUGAAUGCUGAGGACAUGGAGGUGCGGUGGUUCCGGUCCUGGUUCUCUCCCUACGUGCACUUGUACCGACAUAGACGGGAUCAGUAUGCACAGCAGAUGCCUGAAUAUCAAAGGAGGACUUGGCUCAUAAAGGAUGACAUCACCAGUGGGAGCGUCUUCCUGAUAAUAUGCAGUGUCCGACCUUCUGACCACGGGCAGUACAAGUGCUCUUUCCAGUCUGGUAGCUCCUAUGAAGAAGCUCUGUUGGACCUGCAGGUGACAGCUAUGGGCUCUGGCCCCCACAUCUCUGCUGAUGGCUACCAGGAUGGAGGGAUACAGGUUGGGUGUCGAUCAGCUGGAUGGUACCCAGAGCCCAAGGCUCACUGGAGAGAUCACCGUGGGCAGCUUUUACCAACAACCUUUGAGGAAAUCUCCAUGGAUACCGACGGACUGUUUCACACAGAGAUUUCUAUUAUUAUCAUGGAAGAGUCUAACCGGAAAGUGACCUGUUGUGUCAGAAACCCACUCCUCAACCAGGAGAAAACAGCAACAGUUGAUAUUGCAGAUCACUUUUUCACACGGGUCUCCCCCACAGUGGUGGCACUGGCUGUGAUCCUGGGGAUCCUGGUGUUUGUCAUUGUCCUGGGCGGUUUCUGCCUCUGGCGGCUGCUCUGUGCAAAAGGAGCCCUGCAGUCUGAACUGGAGAGGGAGAAAAAGAGGCAUCUCGUAGGAAAAGGAACUUUGCAAUCGAAGACAGAAAGUGGGAAAGCAGCCCUGCAGUCUGAACUGGAGAUUGAGAAAGGUAGGCAGCACAUUGGCCUUCUUCCAGUGUUCGGGCACUACACCAGAGCGCCAAGAGUUUUCAAAGAUCCGUGCUAGAGGCUGGGCUACGAUGCUUGCCGGCUGUCAGGGGCUCUGCAGCAAAGUCUGCCUAAACUAAGUAUAAAAGGACAGUGAAGACCAGGCCCUGACUACGCUGUAUGGCAUCCACAUCAGCUCAGGAGAAAACUAUCGGCAUCCCUCCAUAAGUUCAUUGUGUCAAGAGGCACUGAGACUAGCCAUCAUGACUGAGCUGGAGCACCAGUGGUUUGGCCUGUGUGGAUGUGUGUGAGUGUGAAUGAUUUCACAUAGAUCAUUACUUUUCCCCACUUGACCUAUGUGUGCCACUCAAUAAAGACCUUGGGUGCUGAA